AGCGUCAGCGCGAGUCAAAGGCCGAUCGAAACGGUUCGCAAGGAGACGGACGUGGAGGAUUAACUUGAAGCGGAAUUUCAUUUUUACAUCUCAAAGCAAGCAAACACGGUAAAAUUAACGUUACCGAGGCCAGCUGAUGUUUCGAAGGGACGAGUGGAGAGUCUAUUACCCCUUCUGUAACUAGUCUCUCGGAUCCAGGAGAUUUUAAUCAUCGCGUUUUGGAGGAGGUAUUCGGUUAUUAGCUUAGCACGCUGGCCCGAGCGAAGCGCGAACUGAGAUGAGCGUCGCGCGCCUCGGAUGUUCUUCUAUCGGGGCUUGUUGAAGCAGGAGGCCUCAAAUGGGAAAAACAAGCAUCGGGAAGGAAUACCAAGGAUAAUUUUGUAGAUGUAGUUCACAUUUCGGAGAAGGAUUCCUCGGACUUUACAACCUCAUCUUCAGCAUUUUUAGCUGGAUUUUAAUCUUUCCUAUCUGAAGACGGCCAUGGAAUCGACGGUCGAUGACGAUGCGAUGGAAGCGUGAAUGAGGUUUGGCGUGGCAGUAGCUGAACGAUGCCCAAGGGUGGGGGUUCUAAAACCCCCCAGCUGGAGGACUUCCCACUCAACACCGACAUGGUGGAGAAACAGGGUGGGAAGAAGGAUAAAGACAAAGGCUCGUCAAACAAGACUCCUAAAUUGGACCGCAGCGAUGGUGUCAAAGAGAUGAAAGAGAAGGCUCCUAAGAGGAAGCUUCCCUUCACCGUCGGAGCCAAUGGAGAUCAGAAAGAUUCUGACUCGGAAAAGCAAGGUCCUGAGCGGAAGCGCAUUAAGAAGGAGCCCACCAACACCAGGAAGUCAGGCCUGGCGUUCGGGAUGGGCAUGCCAGGGAUCCGGGCCGGGUACCCCCUUUCAGAGCGGCAGCAGGUGGCUCUUCUCAUGCAGAUGACGGCGGAGGAGUCCGUACACAGUCCAGACACAACACCAAAGCACCAGUCACAGUCAAGUCUGGGUCAGAAAGGAACACCAAACUCUGCCUCAAAAACCAAAGACAAAGUGAACAAGAGGAAUGAGAGGGGUGAGACACGGCUGCACCGGUCGGCCAUACGCGGGGAGGCACGCCGCAUUAAAGAGCUCAUCAGCGAGGGGGCUGAUGUGAAUGUAAAAGACUUUGCAGGCUGGACCGCACUGCAUGAGGCUUGCAACAGAGGGUAUUAUGACGUGGCCAAGCAGCUGCUGGCAGCCGGGGCUGAGGUUAACACCAAAGGCCUGGAUGAUGACACGCCUUUACAUGAUGCGUCUAACAACGGCCACCUCAAAGUUGUGAAGCUGCUGUUACGAUAUGGGGGAGAUCCUCAUCAAAGCAACAGAAGAGGAGAGACGCCGUUAAAUGUGGCUAACUCCCAAACGAUGCUUAAUCUGUUGCUGGGAAAAGGCACUUACACCUCUAGCGAAGAGAGUUGUUCAGAUUCUUCAGAAGAGGAAGAUGCCCCAUCCUUCGCCCCAUCCAGCUCUGUUGAUGGCAAUAAUACAGACUCAGAGUUCGAGAAGGGCUUGAAGCUUAAAGGGAAGGUCAUGGACCCACCUAAAUCCAACACCACCACUCCCGUCAAGGAUGAGUACGAGUUCGACGAGGACGACGAGGAGGAGCGCGUCCCACCCGUGGAUGACAAACAUCUGCUCAAGAAAGAGUUUCGCAAGGAACCCGUCAUCAAGGCCAACAACUUCAUAUCCAUACCCAAGAUGGAGGUUAAAACCUAUUCCAAAAGCAACUCGCUUACACCAAAGAAGGCUGUGCGUCGGAUCGUGUCAGACAGCAACAGCUCGGACGAAGAUGACCGAACGUUGUGUUUCAUACCCACGCCCGCACCAAGACAACCUGCACCUCAGACGAACGUCAAGAGCCGCGACUCGACGUCAGCGAGCUCCAAGCAGCAAAAAGAGAAAAGUAAAGUGAAAAAGAAGAGGAAGAAGGAGACAAAAAAUAACGUCAGUAAGGAGGUGCGCUUCGGUAAAGUCAACGACAAGUUUUGCACCUCAGACUCGGAAAUCGGAGACAUCGAGAGCGAGGACGAUAAAGGCUCCAUGCAGAGCUCGAACUGUGUUAAGGACUCUUCAACAUUGAGCCUUAAAGAGCCCUCUGUCUUUAGCUCUCUAUCUGCCUCCUCUUCGUCAUCCUCACACGGCAGUCUAAGCUCACAGAAGCACACGCAGUCUCUGGCAGAGCAGCACCCAAAGCAAUGGAGGACAGAUGGCUGGAAAACUGUGUCCUCCCCAGCGUGGUCUGAUGUCAGCUCCCUCUCUGACUCUGUCAGAACAAGGCUAUCCAGCGAGUCCGACUACUCAUCUGCCGACUCCAGCCUCGAAUCUGUGAAGCAAGUUAAAAAGAAGGUGCCAGACAACCGAAAGAAAAACAACACGCAUGCCAACGCAAUAGACAAAAAGAACUCGGAGUUUUACAAGAACUCCAGCACGGAAGGAGCAAUUUCCAAAACGGACAAAGAUGGGAAGGUGUUAAAGAAACACAAGGUGAAACACAAACACAAAAGCAAGGAAAAAGAUAAGGCUCCAAGUGUAGUGUUGAGUCAAGACAUGAACGAAAAAUUUGUCAAGAGCUUUUCUUUUGACUUUGAUGACUCACGACAGAAGUCACUUAUCGUGGAGACGGAUUCGCCUUCUGAAAAUAGAGUCAAACUUUCCAAACAUGACAAAGAUCAUUUUAAGAAGGAUGACCGACUGUCCAAAGGCAAGUCUGAGGACAAGGAAGCUCUAAGAGCAACGAAGGAAGAGAAGUCAAAGAAAACGAAAACGUCAAACAAGGACAAGGUGAGCAAAGAGGAGAGGGACAAACCAUUGAAGACGGAGAAGGAGAGAACAAUAAAAGACAAAGACAAGGCCAAGGAGGAGAAACAGAAAGCCCAUAAAGAUGAGAAAAAGAAAAAAUCCAAGGACAGAUCUCUUAAAACAGACAAAAAGAAUGAGCAGAAAGAGGACAAACAUUUUAAAUCUGAAAAAAGUACAAAAGAAGAAAAGUCCAAAAGGGAUAAAGCUGUAAAGGAGGAGCUUGAUUAUGAUGACUAUGACAGCAAAAAUCACUUAUUAGAGGAUGCCAAGAUAAGUGCAUCAGACGACCCCCAUCAUCGCUGGCAGUCCGAUGUGUCUUCUGACAGUUCGCUUUACGGAGAUGAUAGCUGGGAGACACCAGUGAAAGAAUACAAAGCAAACAACGCCGUCAAGUUAAUUGUGGAAACAAUAAAGGAGGAAAGCAGGGAGCGGAAAAAGGAAAAUAAAGUUAAAGAUAAAAAGCCAGAUCAUGGGGAAAAGCGUCCUGAAAAAGACACCACGUCUAAGAAGAAAGACAAAGAAUCAUCUGAAAAGAAUGCAGAAAAGAAAAAAGACUGGACGGACAAACAAAAAUUCAAUUCUGGGAUGCCUGUGGAGAAGGAGAAGAAACGGAAAGAGUCAGCAGAGGGUGUCAAAGAAAAGAAAGAGAAGGAUGCUGUGGAUGCCAGCAGAGACAGAAAAGAUUCUUAUGAGUUAACUAAAGAAAGAAAAGAUUCCAAAAUAAAGCAAGAAUCCUUGAGAGACGACUACGGGAGUGAAGGCUUCUUUAAAGACAAAGCAGAAAACGAAACCACCUGUAAGUCUGAUUCAAGAGAGAGGAACCACUCUGGAAAAGAAAGGGAGAAGAAAAUGGAUGGUGUGGAGAAGAAAGAGAAAUCCAAAGGCGACAAACACAAGGACAAACCUAAAGACAGAAAUUUGGAUCAGGAAAAAGAGAAACCUGAGAAGAACUCUGUUGAGCGAUCAAUAAAAGAUAAAGACCCGGACAGAACCUCCAAAGACAAGCGGGAUGUGGCUAAAGAAAAGCAUAAAGACUCUCAUAGCAAGGACAAAGACAGGAAGACAACAGCAUCUGAGCAGAAUAAAGAGAAGAAAGACAAGACGUCCCAGGACAAGCAUGCUGACAGGGAAAAAGAUUUCAUGGAAUUUAAAAAAGAGGAGAGAAAGCCUGAAAAGGGGAGAGAGAAGACGUGGUACAAGAUCGCUGAUAUCUUUACAGACGAGAGUGAAGAUGAAGAUGACAAUUACAAUGGAGGUGUUGCAAAAUUAAGCGAUUCUCUCGGACUCUCAGACUCCCACAGAAAAGAUUCCACUCCUGACAGAGAUGAAAUUGAUCAUUUCCAAACAGACAAACACAAGAAGUAUUCUGCAGAUGUGAAAAUGCAAUCCACAGAUAAGCAAAAAGAAAAGGAACAUAAAGAGAAGAAAAAAGAAAAGGCCACAUUUGAUGCCGGAAAGGAGAGAAAAGGCUCCAUGGAUAAACACAAAGAUAAGAAAGAUAAAGAUUUGACAGACACAAAACACAAGGAACGUAAAGACAGAGCGUCUGUGGAUUCUAACCAGGACAAGAAAAGCAAGCAGAAACUUCUUGACAAGAGAGAUGCAAGCGAAGAAAAGAGCAAAAGCAAAUACAAAGACAAACCAGAGCACUUAAAAGAGAAAAAACCCUCGAAGGGCAGCGGGGAAAAUGAGAAAUCCUUGUUGGAGAAACUUGAGGAGGAGGCCAUGAAUGAUUAUAAAGAUGAUUCCAAUGACAGACACAGCGAAAUUUCAUCAGAUAGUUUCACAGACAGAGGUCACGAGCCUGUCCUCAGCAGCUUAUAUGAUUCGCCUAACAUCAGCAUACCCGACGCGUCAGAGGAGAGAAGAGAGUCAAUAACCAUCUCCACUCCACAGGACAAGUUCAGAGAGAAAGAGAGACAUAGACAUUCUUCAUCCUCAUCAUCCAAAAAGAGUCAUGACAAAGAAAAGGAGAAAGUCAAGAAAGAAAAGGCUGAAAAAAAGGACAAGUCGGAGGAGAUCAGAGAGUCUUAUGGCCGCAGAGAAAGCUUGCCCUUUGAAAAAGAGACAAUGCCAUUGGAGGCGGACCCUUACACUUUCCCAUAUGGUUCCAAAGCUGAUGGAGAGGAUGACUUGGACAAGACAUUGGAGUUUGAGAAGGAGAUGUCCAAAAAGGACAAGACAAACAGCAUCAUCAACAGUGAGAAAAUAAAAGACAAAAAGAAGAAAGAAAAACACAAGGAAAAGGUGAAGGAGGAAAAGCACAAGUAUUCAGAUGGGUUUGGCUCCUUCAGACACUCCAAAGAUGAACAAAAGUCUGGAUUAAAAGAAAACACACAAGUCGCAAGCCUCAAAGAGAAAUCUAAAGACGACUGUUCUAAAUUUGAUGGAAAAAGUAAGGACAGAAGCAAGGACAUCACAGAUAAAGAUAGGACGGACAUUAACAAAGCAAAGGUCAAAGAUGAAAAUGACAAAUUCAGCCAGUCAAAAGACACAGCUCGGAAAGACACCCGGCCUCGAGAGAAGCUUCUGGUCGAUGGUGAUCUCAGACUCACAAGUUUCGGCCAAAUGCUGAGUUUAAAAGAUCAGGAAACAAAAGAGCACCUUAAGAGACGCAAAGAGAAGAUGAAACAGAUGGAAAAAUUGAGACACCGGUCAGCUGACCCAAAACUCAAAGAUAAAACCAAGUUAAACGAGGAGUUGAAGAAGAACCACAGUGAACUCUCGUCCAAAAAAUCUGCUUCAGUAGAAACUGUGUUAAAGGAGAAAAAGAAAGAAAUCGUCACCCCAGCUCAAAUUAUGUCUCCUGAUAGAAAGGCACAACCUUUAGACAGUCAGAACUCAAAAGACUGGCUCGCUGCACAUCAAAUGAAGGAAAGUCUUCCUGCUUCUCCUAGACCCGAUCAGAACAGACCAACGGGUGUCCCAACGCCAACCUCUGUGAUAUCAUGUCCUAGCUACGAGGAAGUCAUGCAAACGCCACGCACUCCAUCCUGCAGCGCUGAGGAUUAUCCUGAUAUGUUUGAGAACCUCGAGUGUCAAAAUUCCUCAGCCACCAUGAAUGCCUGCUCCCCAUCCUUCUUCGACAGAUAUUCCAACUCCUCCCACAACUUCCAAGAAGGAACGUGCAUAACACCCGCAAAGAACAUGCAGUUACCCCUUGUGAGUCGCUCUGCCACCUCCGAUGUCAGAAGACCGCUGGAGGUGGAGUUCAAAGCAGAGGCGGAGAAGUUUCUGCGACAGCAACAUGUACUAGAAGUUACACCCUUCGAGUCUUCAGCCUCUCAGCUCAGCGAGGACAAGAUUGCAGCUGAUAGACUUAAUUGUCUUUCUCCAGCUUACUUUUCACCUCCUAUUGACAUGAUGUCUCCUAGGCCUGACCUGUCACAACAUGACAGGAUACCAGAGGAAACUUCCGCUGUCAAUUCCAUCAACGAUGAGAGUGAACAUCCUUCAGGAAGUAUUUAUAACUCGUAUCUUAUGAAUCCUUCCACUCUCGUUCACAGACCUGACCCCCAAGAGCCCUGUCUGGAUAUAGCUGCUCCCCCGACUCCAACUCCUGCUGCCCUGCCACCCAUGGAUCUUGAUGAUCUCUCAGAGCCACACCAGAGUGGACCUGGUCUGAUGCCCGCUCAUCCUGGGAGCGUGAGUGACUACUUGCCUCCCGUUGCUGAGGAGCAAGAAGAAGAAGAAGAAGAAGAGGAAGAAGAAGAAGAAGAGGAGGAGGAGGAGGAGGAAGAUGAUGAUUUCCUGGAGGAUGCUGCAGAAGUUAACCGAGCUGUUGAAGAAGCCAUCCAAGCAAGAGACGAUCCUCCUUAUUCUCUUGAAAUUGACGAGUCUGAUAGAAAGUCUUGGCUCGAGUGUCCGGAUAUCAGGAGAGAACCUGACAUCGUUCCUGUUACACCCACCCAUCCAGAGGACAGCUUCAUGGAGAACUCAUGCGAUCAGUCUCUGGGCUGGAAUACAGAAGACCUCACGAAAUCGCCUCAUGACAGUUAUGGAGAAGUGGAGGCUGCGGUCUCGAAGAUAAGCAGUCCCUAUUCUCAUCACUCCGAUUGUGAUCUGUCACAUAUCCCAAAUGUCAUUCCUGUAACACCUCCUCACUCAACCUACUCAACAGCGUACUCUGGAUCUCAUUACGACGUCUUCAAAGAUGCAGUGGAGGACAUUUCAUCCCCAGAGAGACCUCUGUCAGAACAAAUGGAGUCAGAAUCACCUCAACUUGACACUUUCUUCACUGACUGCAAACCCAAUCCCGAGGAGACCCACAUGGACCUGGAGGCCCCAUGUAUGAUGCACAACGAUAGACAAGAGAGUCCCGGUUAUGUGGCGGAGAGCACCAUGUCCGUAGCCCCGCUGGUCAGCGAGGAUCCUGUCGUUUCUUGGGCAGAUCCGUUUUCAGGUGCAGCUGAUGAAUUGGAUGACUUGGGUCCCUUCUCGAUACCAGACCUUCCCUUCCAAGAGAAGGAGAUGCAGGAGCCUGAUAUAACAGGCCCAGAGAUCAUAGAGAGCAAGCAUCCGAUUCCUCAGACAAGACCUCCGGUCAGUGAGCCAAGCGAGGAUGUUGAAAUGAUGGACGUUGACUUGGCAACUUUGUCCAAAGCUCAUUGUUCUCCGCCGAUUGUGCCUCUUCAAGAACCCGCUCAUGAUUUGGACACUCCCAUAUGCGAGGAGGACUACAGACCACCGUUUGACCUGCAGCCUGAACCACAUAGCAUCCCAGAGGUUUCUGCAAUUAAAGAAACGCUUCCAGAGGUGAAGGGGACGUUUGAAGAAAUGGACGGUGGAAACGAUGACAGCUUGUUUUCAAACGAGGUUGUAAAGGACCUUGAAUACAUGCAAAAAGAAACAGCCCCGGAUACGGUGAUGCCGCCUGUUAUGACACAAGUUCUGGAACCACCUGCUGCCACAAAACAACAUCAGUUAGUACAGAAUCCAGUGGUAGCGUUGGGUCCAUCAUGCAGCCCUCAUUCUUCUGUUCCACUUCUAACUGUUCCACUUCCGACUGUCUCAUUGACUACCAUCACACAAGUGUCAGAGGCCCUCGAGACAACCGCCAAGUUAUCGGUGACCGUCCCUGUGCCCGAGCCACCCAAGAAAUUAGAGGAGAUACCUCAGAGGAUGACCAGGAAAAUGGCUCAAAUGCUUGCCAAUCAAAACAAGCUGAGCGCUGCGUCCAGCUCAUCGAGCCUCUCCAGCUCCGCAUCCUCCUCGCCCAUCACCACAAGUCUCACCACCUCCAAUGUCAGCGUUGAGAAGGAGAAAGAGCCAAUCAGCUCAAGCACAGCUCAAGCCUCCACUCCUGCACCUGCACUCAUCACCAAAACGAAAGGCAGGCCUAUCGAGGACGAUGACGGCCAGACACAGCAUCCACGCAAAAGGAAGUUUACCAAAUCAUCCCAGCAACACGUGCAGGUUCAGCUUGUCAACACGGCCAUGAAACAGACCCGGGAGAUGAUCCAGCAGACUCUUGCUGUCAUCGUCAAUGCCAUCAAACUUGAUGAGAUCGAGCCUUACCACAGUGACCGCUCCAACCCUUAUUUUGAGUAUCUUCAGAUCCGCAAGAAAAUCGAGGAGAAGAGAAAGAUUUUGUGUUACAUAACACCUCAAGCUCCCCAAUGUUAUGCGGAAUACGUGACGUACACAGGCUCCUACCUGCUUGAUGGCAAGCCUCUGAGCAAGCUUCAUAUCCCUGUGAUUGCUCCUCCCCCAUCGUUGUCUGAGCCCCUGAAGGAGCUUUUCAGACAGCAAGAGGCGGUUCGAGGAAAACUCAGACUCCAGCACAGCAUUGAGAGGGAGAAGCUGAUUGUAUCUUGUGAGCAGGAGGUGCUACGUGUUCAUUGCAGGGCAGCAAGAACAAUCGCAAAUCAGGCCGUUCCAUUUAGUGCCUGCACGAUGCUGCUGGAUUCGGAAGUCUACAGCAUGCCAUCCGAAAGCCAGGGGGAUGAAAACAAGUCUGUGAGGGAUCGCUUCAACGCUCGCCAGUUUAUCUCCUGGAUUCAAGAUGUGGAUGACAAGUAUGACCGCAUGAAGACGUGUUUGUUAAUGCGGCAGCAGCAUGAGGCAGCCGCAUUGAAUGCUGUGCAGAGGAUGGAAUGGCAACUGAAGGUACAGGAGCUGGACCCCGCCGGACACAAAUCUCUGUGCGUGAACGAGGUCCCAUCUUUCUACGUGCCAGUGGUCGACGUGAAUGACGACUUCGUACUGUUGCCCGCGUGACACAGACACACAUUCAGACUCUGAGAGUUUGGGUCUAAUAUUAAUCAUCUAUCAAAGAGACAUCAAACAGAAAGUUCAGUAAGGGCUAGCCGGUUUGAGGAGAUUUCUUUGAGGAGAGAAAAUAUAUAUUCUAUAGAAAAAAGGUAAAUGACAUACAACUCGUCCUUUUCUGCCUGAGGAGGGGCCAUCUUUUCACGGGAGAAGAACACAACUUGCACUUUCAUCCUUCAAGUUUUUAUGGUUUUGUUUGGGAUUUAAAAGCGACAGUGCUUGAACCUUAUCCCUUCUGUGAUUCGGGUGACAGGAUUCUUCUCUCCCCCAAACGAAACAACAACAAGGAGCUUAAGACAGGUUCUUCCACCGAUGUGCUCCAGAACCCGGGGACAGUCAGCACAGCGGUGGUCACAAAACCCCAACAACAUCUUGACGUGCCGGCACAAACAAAAAAGACCCAGUAGGGCGUGAUAAGGAGUGCUUGCGCACCCUCUUGUUAAAUGGACCCGAGUCCACGGCGGUGGAGAAAGCGGCAUUCCUGCUGUAUAGCACCCCCAGAACACGGGCGCCGGGGAGCUGUGUACACAGCGGAGAGGAGAGACUGCGUCAGGGCUUGACACCUCGAGUGCCCUUGAUAGGGGCCAAUGGGGUGCAUCUGGUCCCACAUGCUGAAUCUGUCGGUCAUGGAUGGUCCCUUAGCCAGGCCCAACAUGCCUGCCUUCAAAGGAUUGCGUAAGGAAAAGGACUAAUCUUAAGAGCGAUGUUAUGUUGCCAUCUUAAAUCAUGAGGCGAGGACUUACAAGAUGGUCUCUAGAGUUUUUCCUUUUAAUGUUUUUUUUUUUGUUUAUGUCUUUCUUUACUUGGGCAUUUCAUUGUUCCCUUUCUGAGGAAGUGACUUGAAACACUACAGAGCCAACAUUAGUUUAAUGGAAAAAAGAAAAAAAAGAAAAAAAAUGUAUUCCGUAAAUUAUGUACAGUUUUAUAAUCAUUAACCAAUGUAUUCUCGCUGCCUUCUAGAUAAUUUAUUUUGCCACACAUUACUGCACAGUUGUAAAUAACGUAUGUACUGUAACAUCACUCAGUUAAGUGUAAAGAAUAAAUGAAUAAAAGUUA